GAGAAGAAGAGCCCUGCCAUGCCCGGUUCCCCUGUGGAUGCUAAGACUCAUUCCAGAUCCGCCCCCAGCAGCAGCAGCAGCCUCACCAUGCCCCCCCUGCCCUCCGUCAACCCCAGCGGCCCUCGACCGGCCUCCUUCUCCACCACAGCAUUGACCAAUGGGAAUCAUCACCAUUCCCCCCCGACCUUGAACGCAGUGCCCUCUCCGCCUCAGCGCUACAGCAACGGACCUUCCUCCUCCUCGUCCUCCUCGCUGGCCAAUCAGCAGCUGCCGGCCACCUGUGGCGCUCGCCAGCUGAGCAAGCUGAAGCGCUUCCUGACGACGCUGCAGCAGUUCGGCAACGACAUCUCCCCCGAGAUCGGAGACAGCGUCCGCAGCCUGGUGCUCGCCCUGGUGAAUUCCACAGUUACCAUCGAAGAGUUCCACUCACGACUUCAGGAGGCCACCAACUUCCCCCUACGGCCUUUCGUUAUUCCUUUUCUCAAGGCCAACCUGCCCCUGUUGCAGAGGGAGUUGCUCCACUGCGCUCGAGCCGCCAAGCAAACCCCGGCCCAGUACCUGUCCCAGCACGAGCACCUCCUGCUCAGCACCACCCUCGCCUCCUCUCCGGACUCCUCCGAGCUGCUGAUGGAGCCUCCUGAAGCUGCCAUGAAGAGACACAGCCCCAGCAGGGCGAAAGAGAACGGUUUCCACGAGCGUCCCCCCGUCGCCAUGGAGCCGGCCGCCAAACGGAUUUGCACCAUCAGCCCCGCCCCCCGACACAGCCCCGCCCACCCGAUGCCCCUCAACUCCCAGCUCCACCCGACCCCCCCGCCCCUGCAGCACUACGCCCUGGACGACAUCGCGGCGCCGCACAUCCUCCACCGCGAGCACAGCCAGCGCCUGCUGGAGAUCCGAGAGCUCAAAGACCGACCCAGACUCCCUGGAACUAACGGGGGUUACCGUGAAGAGCCGGUGGACCACAGGCUGACAGACAGAGAGUGGGCUGAUGAAUGGAGGCAUCUGGACCAUGUGUUGAACUGCAUUGUGGACAUGGUGGAGAAGACCCGGAGGUCAGUGAGCGUGCUCAGACGCUGCCAGGAGUCGGAUCGUGAGGAGCUCAACUACUGGAGGCGACGCUCCAGCGAGCAGGAGGACCCACGCAAAGGAGGCUCGGGCUCCGCCCCCUUCUCCAAGACACACAGCCCCCACUCUGCAGAGUCAGACUCCCAGCGUGACUUUGCACCCCGGCCAGGCUCAGCAUACGUUACAGAUGAGAUCUGGAGGAAAGCUGAAGAGGCGGUGAACGAGGUGAAGCGUCAGGCCAUGGACGAGGUUCAGAAAGCCGUCGCCGAGGCCGAGCAGAAAGCUUUCGAGAUGAUCGCGUCAGAAAGGGCGAAGAUGGACAAGACUCUGGCGGAUGCAAAGAAGAAAGCUCAAGAGGACGCCGUCAGUGUCAUCAACGACCAGGAGGACUCCAGUGAGUGCUGCUGGAACUGCGGGCGCAAGGCGAGCGAGACGUGCAGCGGCUGCAACGCGGCUCGCUACUGCGGCUCCUUCUGCCAGCACAAGGACUGGGAGCGGCACCACCUCAUCUGCAGCCCGGGACUCCAGGCUCAACCCAAAUCCGUGUCUGCCAUCACAGCAAGCCGGGUGGCCGCGGCAGCCUCGGCAGCGGCAGCAGCAGCCAGGGGGUCCCCAGCAGGCCUGGCCGGGGUCAAGGCCUCCGACAGCACGCCAUCGGUCUCCAGUCCCGGUGGCGAGAAGGCCUCGGUCGCUUCUCGCUCCUCCACCCCCUCCACCCCCGCCUCAGGCCCCGAGGCCAACGGACACUAG